GGGAUGAUGAAAAUUUUUUGAGAUCUUUCUUAGCUAAAGAUUUUCCUUCUUUUAAGAAUUCUCGGUUGCAGCUGAGCUCGUGUGCUGUGGCGGCGGCGGUGUUAGCAGCGGCUGCAGCAAAGCGUUCGGCGCGAUGUCUCACACCUUUUUGCUGGUACAGCCUACCAAGAGGCCAGAAGGCAGGACUUGCGCUGACUAUGAGUCUGUGAAUGAAUGCAUGGAAGGUGUUUGUGAAAUGUAUGAAGGACACCUGAAGAGAGUGAAUCCCAGCAGCCCCUCUAUCACACAGGAUAUCAGUCAAUUGUUUGAUUUUAUUGACGAUCUGGCAGAUCUCAGCAGUCGAAACCGAGCUGAUACACACUACCAGCCUUAUAACAAAGACUGCAUCAAAGAUCAGAUCUACAUGCUCCUUCGUCGACAGGCCCAACAGGCUGGGAAGUAACCAAAUUGGAAGCAUCAGGGGCUGGGGGUCAGCUUGGAACAGGUGCACACAGCGUGCUGCAGUGAACAAAAUGUAUGAUAGUAAUCCUGUUUCCAUUUUGUUACUAGAGCCAAGACUGAAUGUAUGACAUGAAACGUGAAUGAUCUUUUUAUUCAGAAACCACCAUUUGCUCCCCCUUUGCUCCUUUUCUUUCUUUUUUUACUUAAACAUUUUUAUGAUAACUCAGAAA